AUGUUAAUAUUAUUGACUAAAAUUGAAAUAAUGGAAACAAUGGCUAUAAUAAACCACUUGAAUUUUAAUUAUUAUUUUGUUAUUGGUGGAUUUUUUAUUAGUUACCUUGUUUAUCGCAUGUUUAAUUCCUUUUUGGGGGAUAAUAAUUUCAUACAAAUAAAAUAUAAGUUACGAGGACACACAUGGAGAAGUAUCGAUUGUAAUAAAUCAAUACCCUAUAAUAUCUAUUGUACAGUAUGCGGGAAACUAAUGUUGUCCCUAGUAGGCCUUUUCUGUGAAUGCUGUGGUAUUAGUGCAUGUAAAAAAUGUCAUCGUAUAAUUGAUAAAAAGCAAAGAUGUAAACAGAUAUCGUGGCCGGCAGAGAAACCAUUCUAUCAUCUUUGGGUUAAUGUUGGUUCUGUUACUAGAGAAAAUCCCGAUCACAUAGAAGAGGGAGAUAAUUUGAAAAAAUUCUUCUGUUCUUGGUGCCAAAGAGUGAGACUCAGUCAGGAAAAUGAAUUAUCGAAUACCGAGAGAUGUGACUUCCAGAAAUAUAAAGAUAUCAUUAUUCCACCGAUGAAUGUAAAUAUGGAUAGAGGAAAAAUUAUUAAAAUAGAACCCGUACCUGACGAUGAUUGGGAACCGUUCAUCAUUUUUGCCAAUAGGAAAUCAGGAAGUAAUAGAAGUGAUGAGGUUUUGUCACUCUUUAGAGGUCUAUUGAAUCCACUGCAGAUUAUAGAUAUUGGUUCAAUGCCACCUGAGAAAGCAGUGAAGUGGCUUCCAGAGAGAUGUCGUAUAAUCGUUGCUGGAGGUGAUGGCACAGUGGCGUGGGUGUUAAAUACAUUACACACAGUACCACAUAUUAAAGCGUCAGUUGGUAUUCUACCUACUGGCACUGGUAAUGAUCUGUCUCGAGCCCUCGGCUGGGGCGGCGGCUGUUCUGACUUAGAUGCAUCCUCUAUUAUUACAUCUAUGAAACAAGCAGAAGUACAAAUACUUGACAGAUGGAAAGUUUCUAUUGGUCCGUUGUCCCGCGGGCUGCGGUCACGUGGUCGUGUGUUGUUCGCUCAUAACUACGUGAGCGUGGGCGUAGACGCGCAGGUCGCUCUGGACUUCCAUCGUGCCCGCGCUCACAUACUCAAACGAUGCGCAAGCAGAUACAUAAACUAUUUAGCCUACGCACUUCUCGGAGUUGGUCGCGCUCUUGACGAUGGUGGCUGUGGAGGGCUGGAGCGUCGGUUACGUGUGAGGAUAGCUCGUGAACACGGCGAGGGUCAAGAGGCUCGAAGUCAUGGAAAUUUAAACACGCUUGAUUUGCCGCCAUUACAGGCGCUAGUGUUACUAAAUAUACCAUCAUGGGGCGCCGGCGUGGAUUUGUGGAGUAUGGGAAGCGAGGAAGACGUCGGCGAACAGUUCAUGAAUGAUAAGAAAUUGGAAGUGGUCGGUAUAUCAUCGUCGUUCCACAUCGCGAGGCUUCAGUGUGGUUUAGCAGAGCCCUACCGCUUUGCACAGACAAGCUAUGUAGAGAUGAGUCUGGAGGGGUGUGUGGCUAUGCAAGUGGACGGGGAGCCGUGGAUGCAGGGCCCCGCAACGAUCCGCCUCGAGCCAGCCGGCCAAUCCCGAAUGUUACGUAACAACGGUUAA